CUUGCAUUUGGAUGUCCAGGACCCGAGUUAGCUAUUCAAUCUUUUUCUCAGCCUCUGAUCUACAUUCAUAGAACUUCUGCAUACAUCUGAAACCGUAUCAUGUACUCCCCAAAAAUCGGCGACAGGCUCGACAGCCUUGACACCCCAUCCAUGAUUGUGGAUCUGGAUCUGAUGGAAGCCAACAUUAAGAAGCUCUUCGACAGUCUCCUACCCACUGGACUCAAUAUCCGUCCUCACCUAAAGACAACCAAGAGUGCUAUUCUCGCAAAAAAGCUUGCCGCUGCAGGAGCCAAAGGCUGCUGUGUGGCUAAAGUGUCUGAAGCCGAAGCAAUCACUGCCGCAGGGUUCGACGACAUCCUUAUCACUUGCGAGGUUAUUGGCGAGCCGAAAGUGAAAAGACUGGUGGAACUAUUCAAAAAGCACAAAAACAUCCGGAUUGUGGUAGACAGCGAGGUUGGCGCAACGGCAAUUAACAAUGCACUGGCGCAGGCGGGUAUUGCGGAACCCAUCUCCGUUUUAGUGGAUCUGGACGUCGGUCUGCAUCGCACGGGUGUUGCCAAUGCACAGGCAGCGCUGACUCUAGCAAGGCAUAUCAGCGGUCUUCGCCAACUGCGCUUGAUUGGUGUUCAGGGAUAUGAGGGUCAUUUGCAGCAUCUUCACAGCUGGGACGACCGUAAAAAACAAUGUCUCGAGUCAAUGAAGAUCCUCACAGAUACAGCUAUCCUGCUACGCAACGAGGGCUUCAACAUUGAAGUGGUCACUACAGGGGGAACGGGAACCGCUGAGUUUUGCGCUACAGUGCCUGGUGUGACUGAACUGCAGCCCGGAUCUUUUAUUUUCAUGGACACCGACUACCGCAACGCGGUGGGAACAUUCUUUUCAAAUAGUCUCACUUUACUAUCGACGGUCAUUAGCAAGCAAGGAGAUAGGAAGGUAACAAUUGAUACUGGCCUGAAGUCCUUGACGACCGACAGUGGGCUGGCGGAGUGCAAAGACCCGAGGUACACGCACGAGAACCUGGGCGAUGAACACGGCUCACUGAGCUGGGAGAAAGGAACACCAGAUUUGGCCGUGGGUGACAGGGUCGAGAUGAUUCCGAGCCAUAUUGAUCCCACUAUCAACCUGCAUGAUUUCUACUAUGGUUAUCGGAACGGAGUUAUUGAGGAAAUCUGGCGUGUGGACUCGAGAGGAAAGGUUCAAUGAAAAUACCAAUCAUCCAGAUAUAGUAUUAGGAUGGAUGACAGCUGGCUGUUCAUGAUGCAAUUGCAUAUUCGCUUCAGACGCUUGUUACGAACAAUGAGAACGAUAGAGUAGGC